AUUUUUUUCAAUUGGAAAUCGUCCGUCGCGUCGCGUAGGUUGUGUGUCCGCGAGAAAACUCAAACGGCCCGCCGCUCUCGUAAGCCAAGGAAAACGAACAUCAUCCUUUUCAGCAAAAGCAAAAAAAAGCACCGUAACAAGUCAAACCGCGAAGAAAAGUCUCCGUACACCUUAGGAACCGUGUAAGGUGAAGGCUGUCGUCGUCCCUUGUGAAUGAAAAAUUUUGGCAGCAAAGUUUCGUUUUCCUCAGCUCCUAAAAACCAACGGUGGUGUGCGUGUGUGUGUGUGUUUAUGUGUUUGUCUCUGCAGUAACGUGCUUGUGCAAAUUGCAGUGUGUUUUUGCAGCAGCAGCAGCAGCAGCAAGGCAAACGAAGCAAUAGGAGAGUCGCUUUUUGCAUUUAAACAAAGUAUCAGAAAUAUCCCCAGCAUCCGUGCGUGUAGGCUAGGAAAGGGCGUACAAAUUGAGGGUGUGAAAGAGAAAAAGGCGAGAAAAGGGAGAGCAAGAUACCAAAUCACUAAAGUAAGGAAAAACCUCCCCCCGCGGUGAAUUCGUUCGAAUACGAGGGAAAAACACAUAAUACACAUCCAAGUAGCUCUGCCGCAUUCAGCGCACCAUUUCUCAAGUGUGUCGAAGAGCUGGGUUUUCUCCGAUAUCAAAACAGUGUGUGCUUUAUUGUUGUGUGUGUGUGCGUGUGUGCCUAAAGCAGUGUAUUAGUGGGAAAAUCGCAGGGUGAAAGUGCAUUGUUCCUGCUGCCCAAAAAUCUGCGAAUAAAAUAACAAAAAAAAAAACCCGCACCAAAUCCACCGCCGCCACACAAAACGCCAUCAAGGACGAACAUGAACGGUUACACGGAGCUGCCCACAAACAUGGAAAACAGCCGAAACUGCUUGCGACGGAUCGCGCGACACGAUGACCAGGAAUUUUCUAACCAAAGCAUAUUGAACGCCAUGGAUAAGUUUGUCCGGAAUGUCAAUGCCAUGGAUGAAACGAUACUGGUACCAUGCAGGUUAAUGGAUCGCAAGGUUGGAGACGCUACAGACACUGUGCCAGCCGCACCAAAAGCACAACAUCACGGAGCACACCAUGGCAAGAAGUCGAACCGUGCAUCGAUACGCGAAAUCCUAAACACUUCAGAACUGUUCGAACUGUACAACAUGCUGAAGUUGGUGAAAGUGGAUUUGCUUUGGGGACGCCAGGAUGCGGAAGACAGUGUCGAGGAGUCGGUGGUAAUGGGUUGUGCGACGAAGAGUUCGACCUCGUCCAAGGGUAACAGCAAUAACACUGACACCACCGGCACGAACAACUCCACCGCAAAUAGCACUAACAGCAGCAGCAAUACAGCCACGGACGUGACCACCAACAGCAACAGCACCGGAUCGUCUACUAUCGUGUCCGGAAGUGAAAAGGUCGAUGCAAACAACAGUCCCGCCACGAUGACAUCGGCAAAGGGUCACAAUCGACGCCCGAGCACGGUAUCGGUCGCAUCCUCCAACUCGGCCAGCACGCUGAGCGAUUCCGACAGUGAAACGUCGGCGGAGAACGAUUCCGGUAUCGAGUCGGAAGGUAACCAGGAGCAGGACCGCAGUGCCGAGCUUGCCAAACAGUUUCGCACGCAUCUGAUCGGGCUGUACCGAUCGCUGGAGCAGAUGAGUGAAGCCGCCAACUAUCUGACGGCACGGUAUCAGAGCGAUGUCGGGCCAGUUUAGAUUGUACACUGUUGCCUGCCUUUACUACUCUCUCCCGCGCUUCGGGUAUCGCGAGGCAGCUCGUUAGCCAUUGGAUCCCGUGGGGUUUUUUUAUUGCUGUACACCGGGCAAUAUCCUAGAGAUUGCUGUUGGUUUCUUCGCGGACACAGCGGUGGCGGAUUUUGCAUUUCCGGUUGGUUCAUUUCGUGUUUGAGUUUUAUGAAGCAAUUAUUCACACUUUCCACAUGGUGGUGACAUCUUUAAACGUGAAAAGAAAAUCCUCCAGAGAUCCCAGUUGAACAGAGCAGAGGGUCAAUUAAAUUGUCGGACGAAUGAUCGUAUAGCUGAGGGGGGACGCACAUAGUACUAAACUAAUCAGAGUGAUCACAUCGAUCAUAUGCUGGGAGCGACUGGGAAAUAAUGGGAACGGUUACAUAGAAAUGAAACUUCAGGCAUAUUUUGAAUCAAGCCGAGAAAGAAAGAUCUGUUUUCGUGCCUGAGCAGCAGUAGAAGAGAGAAUUUAGAGGUACGCGAUUUGUCACAUACCAAUUUUGGGUGAUAGACUUCAUGAUUGUAAAUUCGUUUAAUCGUAUAUGUGAUGUAAGCGCGUGAGGAAUUGGUUUUAAGAGAUAGAGCGCUAAAGAAAAACGGGGAAGGGAGUGAGUGCGUAUGUGUGUAGUUUGAGGAAAAAAGGAUUGCAAAGAAAAGUUAACUCAAUUGAUCAUGAAAAAGUGAGCAAACAAAACAAAAAACACACACAUAUUCAAACAUAGAAAAGACAUCACUGCUGAUACUUGCUGUUUUCUGCGUGAAACUUUUCUAGCAGAUAAGCUCAUCUGUUUGUUUCACUUUUUCGUAUAAGAAGGAAACAGAAAACCCCCAAACACUCUCCUAAGCCACACAUGCGUGCUCUCGCAUAACGAGAUCCUAAAUUGCAAUCUUUUUCCCCCAUUUCCUGGGAAAGGGUUGCGCGUACUUGAGACUUUCUGUUUUCACAAGCUUUAUGUAUAUUAAAUUAUUUAUAGUUUCUGUACAUUGUGUCCUGUUUGUAGCGAAAAAAGAAACAGGCCCCGACAACAUUCGCCAGGAGUAUUGCUGGCCGCACGCGAACACGGUUCUGAAUGUCAUUUGAUUUGGUUGGGUGAAUGUGUGUGUGUGUGUGUGUGAGAGAGAGUUCGAAUAUUUAAGUAAAAUCCUGGCAUGGUUGGGUUCAGUGUCGGUGGGCAUAGGUUUUGCGCAAGGUGUAACACAUAUCCUUUGACCAACUAUCGCAUACAUCGGCAGAAUGUGGCUAGUAUAGUGACCCCCGGCAUACAGCGUUUAGGUACAUUAAAACAGUGGCUGCUUUAUGAUGCAAAGUGUUCGGAAAGGUAGCAUAUUAUUGACACGCUUUUGGGUAGUGUGAAUCAACUAAAUCGAAUCAUUUUUCUCUUUAUCCACAUCCCCAUAAAAGGAAACCUUUUUGCUAGCAACCCUCUCUAGAGUUGCUGCAGAUAAUAAUUUAUUUAUUCCUGGCUCAUUAGUUUGCAUGAGUUUUGCAUGCACCCCAGUUUAAAACCAAAAUACUCUUUUCCAAACCACCAAAAUCGGAAUUUGUAAAGGGCAAUAAAAUAUGUAUGUUUUGUUUCGUUGUUGAUACGUAUGUCACAUAUGUUUUUCUUUCCCCCCUUCUCCCUAUCAUUGUCUUCAUUGCCACCCGGUUAUGGUAAAACGGUCAGAAUUAAUAUAUUAUUUGCUAUCAGGUGGCAAGUCGCACACUACAAGCGCCUAAAGCAAAGCAAAAAAACCCAACAAGUCUUUCAUAUCGAUCAUCGGUGCAGCAUUUGAGACACGAAAGCAUUUAGUAUGUGGAACGAAACAACAACAGAUAAAAAAAUACAAAAAAAACUUUGCAACAAAGAAACAAAAAAGAAAAGAUAAACACCUCAGGAUUUAUUAUGCAAACCCCAUUAAAUGCUUGUGCAUCAUGCCGGAUGAUCGAACGUUAGUUUAGUUUUGAAUUAAUCCAAAUAGUACGUUCAUUACCGUUUCAUUCAUCCGCGUUUGCGUUCCGUCGGUCGGCAUGUCGGCGUGUGGUGAUCGGUAAGAAGCUACCACGUGCAUGCAUACCGAUACAAGAGACAUAACAUAAUGGUGAUUUAAGCUUUAGAAUAAGCCUUUGCAUUAUACGUUUUGUUUGAAUUUGGUCAAUGGGUCAAAUCGGGAUAUAGUGUUAAGCGAAGCAGUAGCCGCAGAGAGUCAUGGUGAUAAGCUAAUCACGUUAGAUAGUGUUUCUGAACGGGGAGGGGUUUUUCGGGUGGGCGAUAUGAUAAAUUGGAUAAAAAACAACAACAACAAAAAACAUGAUUUUCACUGACGAGCCUAGUACGAGGAAAAAAAAGCAAGUUACGGUGAUAUGCUACAGCAAAAAAAGGGUUCUGUUUUUGGUUCUUCUUGUGCCUCAUCCAGAAGGAUUAGAAAAUACGUAAUGCGUGUUGCUAGUACAGUUCGGAAACACAUCGCUGUCUUUCGUUUGCUUUAUAGUUGAUCCGUUUGUUUCAUUUGUAGCUAGUGUGGUGAUGUUCGAUGAAACAGCCACUGUAAAAGUUAUGCUUACAAAUUUGACUUGAACAAUGUGUGUGUGUGUGUUGCACAGAGAAGAGAAAGUCCUUCUCUCUCCUCUUUCGCAUCGGUGGCUUACAGUAGCACCAAAAAGAUAAUGAAAUCAUUCCGUAUCAUUAAUCAAGAAAUAAUGAAAAGAAACCAAUAAUUUUAGAGCACAACAUAAAAGAGAACGAGAGAGAAAAAACAUAAAAAAUAAUCAAUUAAAAAAAUAAAAACUAAAAACAGGCAAUAUGAAAGAUUGUAAGGAAUGUAAAAAUUAGGAAAACGAAAUUGAUGAAGAAAAAGAGCGUGAUAGGAUAGUGAUAAAAAAACGAUAUGGCAAAAGAAAAGUUGUGCAAAGCGGUAAUGUGUAGUGUGAUGAUGGUAAAGAACAUGUAUGGCCAAACAACAAUGAACAAGUGAAACAGAAAUAGUGACAACAAAAUGUUAUCGAAUGAAACGAGUAUCUAGGUGUAUGGUGUACGGGUAAAGAAGUAAAAACAGAACGAAAAACGAAAAAUAAAAACAAAAGUAAAGUGCUUACCCGUCAUGUGACAGCGUUGUUAAGCGCUCGCAUCUUCAAUUGUUUCACGGCCGUUGCAAGGAAGAAGCGGGCUUUGAGCCUUUUUGCUUCAAAGGAGCAACAUUUCCACGAUGCAACGUUAAAAUCUGAAGCGAAGUUAAACACGGAUACGGAUAAUAAUUUCACUAAACACACAAGCUGUUACAUAAAGCAAUCGAACGAAUAUUCCAAUGCAAAUGCAAAUGAUGGCCGCGCGCAAACCACACGCAUGUAAAGAAUGAAAUUACGCGUGGAUCUUUAAAAGGAGCAAAAGGAAAAAAAUCCAGAGCAGUGUAAGUCAAAUUGUGUAAAGUUGGUUUAGUCUAUCUUUAAAUGAGAAACUAGUGAAAAGAAUCUGAAAUGAAAAAAGGGGAAAAACAAAAUAAAACGUGACAUAGCGAAGAAAAAAUAUAUACAUAUAUUUAAAUAACAA